AUGUAUGAAGCCCCUGCUCCUGGAGUUGAAGAAGGCCUUGUGAAGGUGAAGGAGGAAGAUCUCACAUGGGAGCAGGCAUGUGGUUUACAGGAGAACAGCUCCCACACUCAGGAGCUUUGCCGCCUGCGCUUCCGGCAGUUCUGCUACCAGGAGGCUUCUGGGCCUCGUGAGGCUAUGGCCCAACUCCAAGAACUUUGCUAUCAAUGGCUGAGGCCAGAGACACGGACGAAAGAGCAGAUUCUGGAGCUGCUGGUGCUAGAGCAAUUCCUGACCAUUCUGCCCAAGGACCUUCAGGUGUGCAUGCAGGCAUAUCAUCUGGGGAGUGGAGAGGAAGCAGUGACAGCCCUGGAGAAUCUAGAGACAAAACUUGGAGACACAGGACAACAGGCCUCACUCUACAUUCAAGGACAAGACAUGCAUCUAGCAGUGACCAAAUAUCAAGAACCUUCUUCGGAGUGUCAACGCCUCCAGCUUCUAGCUGGGGUAACCACCCUAAAGUGUGAACCUCCAGAGCUCCACUUCCAAGAAGUGAGUGAACCUGCUCCCCAGGAGCGAGCCCUUCUCCAGGGAGAAAACCUCAGUGACUCGGCAUCAGUGCCUGCAUUUAACUCAGCCAGGUGCCAGACAUUGGUGAAGACUGAGGAAGAAGCAGCCCAGGCCCAUGCCCCACAGGAGUGGCCACAUCUGGGGAAGCUCAGUGAGAACUCAGUUCAGGAGCAGGUUGCAAACCUCAGUCUGAUGACUGAAGAAGCUGUGACUAAAGAUGGAUUGUUUUAUGGAAAGCAGGAAACUUCUGAAGAUAUAGAGCCCAGUGGGGAGACCUCGGGAAUACUCAACAGAGAUUGUGUACACCAGAUCUCUUAUAGUACUCCUGUCCUUCCUGAAAGGACAGUUACAGAUUUGAACACUCUGAAGGAACGUCACCCAGGUGACUUGUGGGCCCGGAUGCACAUUUCAUCGUUGGAAUAUGCUGCAGGAGAUAUUACCCGCAAAGGGAGGAAAAAAGACAAAGCUCGAGUUAGUGAACUGCUCCAAGGCCUCACAUUUUCUGGUGACUCAGAUGUGGAGGGAGAUAAUGAGCCUGAGAUCCAGCCUGUUCAAAAGAAGCAGAAAGUAUCAAGUGUCCCAGAGAAGAACUGGACCAAAAGAGACAUUAAACCCAGCUUCCCAAGCUGGUCAGCACUGGAUUUUGGACUUCUGAAUCUCAAGAAUGAAAAGCUGAACCCAGUUGAGCUCUUUGAAUUAUUUUUUGAUGAUGAGACUUUCAACUUGAUUGUCAAUGAAACCAAUAAUUACGCUUCUCAGAAAAACGUCAACUUGGAAGUCACAAUUCAGGAAAUGAAGUGUGUGUUUGGUGUCCUGCUUUUGAGUGGGUUUGUGAGGCGUCCUAGAAGGGGAAUGUAUUGGGAAAUCUCUGAUGCUGAUCAGAAUCUAGUUAGAGAUGCAAUUAGAAGGGACAGGUUUGAGUUGAUUUUCUCACACCUACAUUUUGCAGAUAAUAGCUGCCUAGACCAAAAAGAUAAGUUUACAAAAUUGAGGCCUCUCAUAAAGCAAAUGAAUAAAAAUUUCCUCUUGUAUGCUCCCUUAGAAGAAUACUAUUGCUUUGGUAAGUCCAUGUGUGAGUGCUUUGAUAGUGACCAGUUCCUCAAUGGAAAGCCUAUUAGAAUUGGCUAUAAAAUUUGGUGUGGUACAACCACACAGGGUUAUCUUGUUUGGUUUGAGCCCUAUCAAGAAUCAACUAUGAAGGCAGAUAAGGAUCUUGAUCUUGGUUUAGGUGGGAAUCUAGUGAUGAACUUUGCUGAUAUUCUUUUAGAGAGAGGUCAGUAUCCUUAUCACCUGUGUUUUGAUGGCUUCUUUACAAGUGUCAAAUUGGUAUCAGCCUUGAAGAAGAAGGGACUGAAGGCAACAGGAACAAUUCGUGAAAACAGGACUGAAAAAUGCCCCCUUAUGAAUGCAGAACACAUGAAAAAAGAGAAGAAGGGGUAUUUCGAUUUCCAAGUGGAAGAAAAUGAUGAGAUAAUGUUGUGUCGUUGGCAUGGUGAUGGCAUUAUCAGUCUGUGCUCCAGUGCUGUAGGUAUAGAACCAGUCAGUGAAAUAAAUUAUUGUUUUGCUGAUGAUGAAGAGAGCCUUCAGAUAAGCCAGCCAUCCAUAGUGAAACUGUAUGAUGAAUGCAGGGAAGGCGUAGCUAAAAUGGAUCAAAUCAUUUCCAAAUAUAGAGUGAGGAUAAGAAGCAAGAAAUGGUACUCAAUUUUGGUAAGCUACAUGAUUGAUGUAGCCAUGAACAAUGCAUGGCAGCUACACAGAUCCUGUUAUCCAGGUGCUUCUCUAGAUCUCUUGGAUUUUCGGAGAUGUGUUGCACAUUUUUACUUGGAACAUCAUGCUAAUCUGUCAGAUAAAGAUGGGUAA